AUGAUCAUUUCAGGCAACAGUAUCGCAGGUCUUCGGCAAAAACUUCUGGAGCGUCUUCUGAUGAACAAUCAACUACAACAAAUGACCGGGCAAGGAUUAGGAAAUACCAUGAACAUCGGAGGUGGAUCUUUAACUUCUCCAUCUCUGGGGAGCGGUUUAAAUGCAGGUUUGAUGACAGGAGGCGGACUAACAACUACUGGUGGGUUGGGUAGUCCUAGUCUCAGUUUAUUGGAUUCCGGGGGACUGCUCGGGAGGGGCACUCAAACCCCCUCCCUUAAUGUGGCCUCUCUACUGGAUUCCAUGUCGGCUCCUAGAGCUCAGAUCUCACAGCCAACUAAAGUGCUAACCAGAACAGCAGCCAUUCAAAGUCUACAGAGAAGGUUGGACGCUCUUAGAGGAAACACACUACCGGAGACGCAAGGAGUGCUAAAAAGUGGGAUAGGAUUUCAAACACCUACAAGAGAUCAAGGCUUGAAAGAGAAUAUCAUCAGACAAACACGUACAGAAACGCCAAAUGCUUCAGUGAAAAUCACAGUUAAACGAACAACUAAAACAUCAGGAGCAGGAAAAGCCAGUAAAGCUAACACUCCAUCAAUACUACCUGCAGCUACAGACUCUUUCAGUGCAGCUUCUCUGUUAAACAAUAUCCCAAGGGCCCCUUCAAUAUUUCAGUCAGCCCCUGUUGCACCUGUACAGCAAGUAACGCUGCCUAAAAUACAGACCCCACCUGCAGCUCUGGUUCAAAAAACUUUACCAACAAAAGCAACACAGACAGCAAACCUUGCUGCUGCUGCUGCUGCUUCUGCUGCUUCUGCUGCUGGAGCAGCAUCAGCCAUUAAUUCAGUGUCGUCAGUAGCGGCGGCCAAGUCCAUGCAAAACCAGAUUUCAGACAUGAUGGACACGCGGAUGGAUAUGAUAGGUGAUAUGGCGGAAGCGGGAAUGUUAGGCGGUGGAAUGAUGGGACUUGGAGGUCUGAGUGCGAUGAACAGUUUGGGUGGAUUAGGAGGUUUGGGAUCUAUGGGCGGUUUGGGCGGAUCUAUGGGAUCUAUGGGAGCGAUGGGAAUGGGAGACAUGAUGGGAUCACUCGGGGGUAUGGGAAUGGCGGGUCUUGGGAUGGGGGGAUUAGGGAUGGGUAAUUCCCUGAUGGGUGGGGGACUGGGUGGGUUGAUGGGAGGGGGGUUAGGGGGUCUAGGGAUGAUGGCUGCUUUCUCAUGAGAUACAUUCGAAGGAAAAUCACUGUCUACACAUAUAUUUCUCCCAAAUGUUCUAAUAUUAUUGAGAGAAAUUCUAAGACGAUAAAAAACAAAUAAAUUAUCAACUUUUGGUAACAAUUUCUUUGAUGGGAUAAGAAAAUGCAACUCUUGCAAUUCAGAAAGAGCAAUAACCAGCGAAUGGAAAAUGAAUGUGAAAAAAGUGUGACAGAAUUAAUGUACCAACCCUUCAUAAUGAGACAUUACUCUAUAGAACACAAAUAUAAAUCAUUUUCGUCACUACCUAUCAUUUUCUGGACAUUAUAUCCACGCAUCCCUUCGUCAUAGAUGAAAUUAUUAUAGCCAUAAAUGGACAGUAAAAAGCAUUUAUGAAUGAACUUGACAGAAGCACUGACAUUCAGUUUUAAUCUAAUUGUUUUGUAUUUUACAUCAAUUGAUGAAAAGU